GUGCUCAGCACAUUGUCCUGUUACGUUCUGUCACAUUAGAACACCACAUUGACAACCGUUUUUGUUGGUACCAAAAUCUUAUUUAACCCGUUAUCAGUUCUUUCUAGUAAGCAGUUUUUAGGCACGUCGAACCAAGGCGUAUUUUGCCACACUAGGAUUUUAUCGGGCAAAGUUUAUAUUACGGUCAUUUCUUAGUCGACACUACGCCAUCUUUGUAGAGCACGUUUUUUUGACAAUUUUAGUCUGACCCUUAAAUAGCUGCUUUCUCCGUUAUUUUUUUGAAACCCGGGCAGCUCCAAACUUUCAGCUACAUCGCCAGAAAGCUGCCGUAACGAUAUUUCAAGAACUAAGACAAGAAGAAUUUUAACCAAUUACAUUAUGGAUACAACAAUUACUCAAAACGCACAUCCGGACGCUGUGAUGCAACAGAACGGUAUCAUGCGCAACAAUGGUGGAACCUCACCGCUGAUACCAGAAGACAGCAAAACCAAUUUAAUAAUCAACUAUUUACCCCAGACGAUGACUCAAGAGGAAAUCAAGUCUCUAUUCAGUAGUAUUGGAGAGAUUGAAUCGUGCAAACUAAUCCGAGAUAAAGUUACAGGAACCUGCCCGGCUGAUAUUCAAGAAUCUGAAUUUGCUGAGCGAGGUCAAAGUUUGGGGUAUGCUUUUGUUAACUAUCACAAAGCUGCUGAUGCAGAGAAAGCUAUUAACACUCUGAAUGGUUUACGAUUACAAGCCAAAACCAUUAAGGUUUCGUAUGCUCGGCCAAGCAGCCAGGCAAUCAAGGACGCCAACCUUUAUGUUUGUGGACUGCCAAAAACCAUGGCUCAAAAAGACUUAGAAGAAAUGUUUACGUCGUGUGGCCGUAUUAUCACAUCCCGAAUUCUCUGUGACAGUGUAACUGGUCAUUCACGUGGAGUUGGCUUCAUUCGUUUUGAUAAACGCACUGAAGCUGAAGAAGCUAUCAAGAGAUACAACGGCACAAUUCCUCCAGGGGCAGUGGAUGCUAUUACAGUGAAAUUUGCCAACAAUCCUAGCCAAAACCAUGCCAAGGCAUUACAACAAGCAUAUUUAGCAUCACCAACCAGAAGAUAUCCAGGACCAUUACAUCACCAAACCCGUAAUUUCAGAUACUCUCCCAUGGGAGGCGAGAUCCUAGGCAACGUUGGAAUCAACAGCAUAAACAACAACGGACAGGGAUGGUGUAUAUUUGUCUACAAUCUGUCGCCCGAAACAGAGGAAAGUCUCCUGUGGCAGUUGUUUGGGCCUUUUGGGGCAGUCACCAACGUCAAAGUAAUGCGGGAUUUCAGCACUAACAAGUGUAAAGGCUUUGGUUUUGUCACCAUGACCAAUUACGAUGAGGCUGUUGUGGCAAUUGCCAACUUGAAUGGCUAUGCAUUAGGAGCUCGCGUCCUCCAGGUUUCGUUCAAGACAAACAAACAUAAGCCUUGAAACGACCACGCAACAAACUGUUAACGGAACUUUUAGUAAGGAGAGACGAUAUGUCACAGUGCAAAUAAGUUUUUUUUCUUUGAAAGAAAGAAAAAUAUAUUAUAAAAAGACAUCCUAAGAGGAUUUUAUCUGGCCAGAGAACUUCUGUGCAAAAUAUGAAAAAAAAUUAUUUUUGCCCCAGUUGUUUAUUCAGUUGUGGUUUUAAAAAA